UGCUACGUCACUGCCGCGCUGCCAUUGUCUGCAGAGCAUGCAGCUAGCUAGCUGCGACCGGAGCUGCCGUAUUCCGCCUUCUAGAGACCGACCGAGAUGGACCGCAGCCUGAAGCGCCGGCAGGUCAAGCCGCUCACCGCCUCCCUGCUGGACGCCCUGGACUACGACAGCUCCGACGACAGCGACUUCCAGCUGGGAGACGCCUCAGGCUCCGACGGGACGGGGAACGGCAGCGAUGACGAAGGAUCCAAAGUGAGCGCCGCCGGCUCAGAAAGCGACUCUGAGAACGCAGCCUCGGCGGACGACGCCAUCGACGAGGAGGAGGCCAAAGACCUGGCGGCCGAGGACAACUUGACGGAGGACGAAGCCAAGAGCAAGCAGCAGGGGUCCUCGGACGCCCCCGCCGUCACGCCGCCAAAAGGCCGGCGCAAGGCCAAGAAGCCUCCGGAGCCGGAGCCGGACCCCGAGCCCCAACCACCCCAGGAGCCCGCCGCCCCCGAGGCCGCCGCGUCCGCCUCCGCCUCCACCCCCGCCGGCGCCACCGAGGAGUCCCAGGCCGAGCCCAAGAAGUGGAACUUCCGCAGAAACAGGCCCCUGCUGGACUUCACCACCAUGGAGGAGCUGAACGAGAUGGACGACUACGACAGCGAGGACGACAACGACUGGAGGCCCACCGCCGGCAGGAAGAAAGGCAAGACGGCCGCGCAGAAGGGGGGGGCGGAGGGGGAGGAGGGGGGCAGCGCCAGCGACGACGACAACGACGACGACGACGACGACGAGGACGACGACAACGAAGACGACGACGACGACAAGGAGGACCGGGAGGACAACAACAACAGCAGCAGCGACAGCGACAAGGACAUGAAGAAACCCAAGAAGAAGAGCAAGAGCAGCAGCUUCGACGAGGAGCUGACCAACGACAGCAUGUCCCAGGGCAAGGGCAACGAGGAUGCUCUGCUGGACCGAUCCCAGACCUGGAGCGCCCAGCACAUCCUGAUCUGCUGCGUCUGUCUGGGAGACAACAGCGAGGACGCCGACGAGAUCAUCCAGUGCGACAACUGCGGCGUGACCGUGCACGAAGGGUGCUACGGCGUGGACGGCGAGAGCGACUCCAUCAUGAGCUCGGCCUCGGAGAACUCGACGGAGCCGUGGUUCUGCGACGCCUGUAAGAACGGCGUGAUGCCCAGCUGCGAGCUGUGUCCCAACCAAGACGGCAUCUUCAAGGAGACGGACGCCGGCAGGUGGGUGCACGUGGUGUGUGCGCUGUACGUUCCUGGAGUGGCGUUCGGAGACAUCGACAAGCUGCGUCCCGUCACGCUCACAGAGAUGAACUACUCCAAGUACGGGGCCAAGGAGUGCAGCUUCUGUGAGGACGCCCGCUUCGCCCGGACCGGCGUGUGCAUCAGCUGCGACGCCGGCAUGUGCCGCUCCUACUUCCACGUGACGUGCGCUCAGAGGGAGGGGCUUCUGUCGGAGGCGGCGGCCGAGGAGGACAUCGCAGAUCCCUUCUUUGCGUACUGUAAGCAGCACGCCGACCGCUUUGACCGGAAGUGGAAGAGGAAGAACUACCUGGCACUGCAGUCCUACUGCAAGGUGUCGGUGCAGGAGAGGGAGAAGCAGCUGACCCCCGAAGCCCAGUCGGUGGUGUCUCACCCCCAGGCCCGGAUCAGCACCCGCCUGCAGCAGUACCGGGCCAAGGCGGAGCUGUCCAGGAACACCCGGCCCCAGGCCUGGGUGCCCCGCGAGAAGCUGCCCCGACCUCUGACCUCCAGCGCCUCGGCCAUCAGGAAGCUGAUGAGGAAGGCGGAGCUGAUGGGCAUCAGCACCGACAUCUUCCCAGUGGACACGUCAGACACCAACGCCAGCAUCGACGGGCGCCGCAAGCACAAGCAGCCGGCGCUCACCGCCGACUUCGUCAACUACUACCUGGAGCGCAACAUGCGCAUGAUCCAGAUCCAGGACAACAUCUCCGAGCAGAAGAGCCUGAAAGACAAGCUGGAGAGCGAGCAGGAGAAACUACAUGUGGAGUACAACAAGCUGUGUGAGCUGCUGGAGGAGCUGCUGAACGUGAACGGGGAUCUGCGUGGGGAGGGCCAGGCCAUGUGGACUCUGAUGGGGGGCAUCGUGGGCCAGAAGCUGAACACCCCUGCUGUCCUGAAAGCCCCCAAAGAGAGGAAGCCCAGUAAGAAGGAGGGGGGGAGCCCUGGGAAGCCGUCCAGCCUGCCGGCCAUCCUCUACAGCUGUGGAAUCUGCAAGAAGAACCAGGACCAACAUCUGCUGGUGCUGUGUGACACCUGCAAGCUGUACUACCACCUGGGCUGCCUGGAGCCCCCCCUCACCCGCAUGCCCAAGAAGACCAAGAACAGCUACUGGCAAUGUUCCGAGUGUGACCAGGCCAGCAGCGACGAAGCCGACAUCGCCAUGGAGACGCUGCCCGACGGCACCAAGAGGUCCCGGAGGCAGAUCAAAGGACCAAUCAAAUUCAUCCCUCAGGAGAUGUCGCCCGAGCCCAAGAAGCACCAGAGGACUCGAGGCCAGAAGAGGAAGAGAGUUCCCAUCUGCGAGGACAGAGAGGACAAGUCUGAGGAACCGUUGCCACGGGAACGGCGACAGCGCCAGUCCGCUCUGCAGAAGAAGCCCAAAGCAGACGACAGCCGGACGGAGUGCAGCUCCUGCAAAGGACCCGGGGACAGCGACAGCCUUGUCAGGUUGUGAGAGCCGGGGCGGCCCCCCCCCCCCCGCCCCCCCACCUCCCCCAGGCCGGACAGACCGCCGCCAGCUCUGAGACCCACUGACACAUUGGGGCAGAAGAUCCACCCAUUCCCCACAGGCCCCGCCCCUCCGCAACAGGCUCUGCCCCAUCCCCACAGGCCCCGCCCCACCCCGACAGGCCCCGCCCCUCCGCAACAGGCUCUGCCCCAUCCCCACAGGCCCCGC